AUGGUUAAACAAGAAGACUUUGCUGUAGAGCAGUUUAUGGAUAAAUAUGAGACUAAAAUCGAGUGGAACAUGGCAGAGACGUGUACUGCUUCCCUCAGUUUCAAUGAAUUGUUUGAAUUGAUUCCCGACAAGUCAGUAUCCCAAUCACUUCAACAGAAAGUGUUUGAUACACGGUUAACUUAUGGGCGUAUUAAAGGAUCUCCAGAAUUGAAACAGGUAAUUGCUCAGUUGUACAAUGAUGAAGGAGGGUCAAUUACUGCUGACGAUAUAGUUAUCACUAAUGGGGCUAUUGGUGCCAACUUUUUGACAUUGUAUGCUAUAGUUGACCAAGGGGAUAAAGUAAUUGUAGUAAAUCCAACGUACCAGCAAUUAGCAUCGGUCUCAAGAGUUUUUUCUGGAGCUUCAGAAAACAUUAUUCCAUGGAAUUUGAAUUUUGAGGACAAUUAUUUACCAAAUUUAGACGAAUUGCAAAACUUGGUCGACACGCACAAUCCCAAACUUGUUAUUAUUAACAACCCUAAUAACCCAACAGGAGUCGUGUGGGGCCAUACGAUUAUGGAAAAGAUUGUUGGGAUUUGUUCUGCUAAAGGUAUCUACAUUUUGUGCGAUGAAGUUUAUCGUCCAUUGUAUCACUCUACAGACGACAAACCCAAGUCAAUCGUCAACUACGGCUACGAGAAAACAAUUUCUACUUCGUCCACUUCCAAAGCGUUUGCGUUGGCUGGGCUCAGGUUGGGGUGGAUUGUGACCAAAGAUCAAGAUAUCAUUCAGAAACUUUACUCAAAACGUGACUACAACACUAUUUCUGUUUCCGCUAUAGACGAUAUGCUUGCAACAGUGGCUCUAUCAAACUACAAGCACAUUCUUGCCCGAAGCUAUGAUAUAUGCCAAACCAACCUUCAAAUUUUGGAAAAGUAUAUUGACAGCACUCCGUUGUUGUCGUGGGUAAAGCCCAAAGGUGGGUCAAUCUGUUUUGUGAAAGUAAACAUCGACAAUAUCGAUACAAUGGACAUGUGUGUUGAGUUGGUUGAGAAAUACAAAACAUUGAUUGUUCCUGGUGAAGUUUUUGAUAAUAAAAAGGGGUACUUGAGAAUUGGAUUUGGGAACAGUACCCAAGACAUCAAGCAAGGUCUAGCACGGUUGUCGGAAUAUUUUGAAUCUAAGAGCUAUUAG